CGUAAGGAAAACAGCUGUUCACAUUUGUUGUGAUUAAUUUUUGUUGAGUAAAUUUAGUUGUUUACUAACAAAUAUAAACUUAAGGAACAGAUAUGCGACGACGUGUGGGCCUGGGAGCCAUUCAGCAGCAGAAGCUGGCUGCGGAGAAGUACAAGGACAAGGGCACCGACCUGCAGGAAAAUCAACUCGAACAAAUGACCAAGCAAAUGGAGGUUUUCCGGGUGAAACUGGAGGAAUUUGCGAUGAAACACAAGGAGGACAUUCGCAAGAACUCGCAGUUCCGCAAACAGUUUCAGGAAAUGUGCGCCGCCAUCGGCGUGGAUCCGCUGGCCACCGGGAAAGGAUUCUGGAGCGUGCUGGGAAUGGGCGAUUUCUACUACGAACUGGGUGUCCAGGUGGUAGAGGUUUGUCUGGCGGCCAAUCACAAAACAGGUGGACUCAUGGAGCUGGACGAUCUGCGGCGACGGCUUAUCGCCGCCAGAGGUCAGAGUUCAGUGCACCAGGAGAUCACCAAGGAGGACAUCCUAAUGGCCGCUAAAAAGCUGAGCAUUUUUGGCAACGGCUUUGUGGUUCACAAGCUGGGCAAGGGCAAGUACAUAGUUCAGUCCAUUCCCGGAGAGCUGAGCAUGGAGGAGACCAACAUACUGAAUGCCGCAUCCAAUACCGAACAAGGCUGUGUUACGCAGAGUCAGUUGAUCAAGGAUUUGGGCUGGACCGACUACCGUGCUCAACAGUCACUGGACAAGGUGCUCGGCGAAGGUCUCUGUUGGAUUGACAAGCAGGCGGGCGAUGAGCCAUCCUAUUGGUUUCCCAGUUUGUUUCCCGGUCGAAAUGCUCAGACAACGGCAGCCACCUAGUGUGAUCUCGUAUAACUAAUUUAUUAUGUACGAGAGUGAUCAUAAAAUAUAUCUUUGUACAACCGUAAAA